AUGGUAAAAUUAACACCUGAUCUAAUUGCUAAACAAACACCAGGUCAUAAUAAACGACGUGCUGAUGAAACCGUUGAACAUUAUCUUUCACGUCUUACACAUUUACCAUUUCAAAAUCGAGGCAUUGAUUCAAUUGAUAUGAUUCCACCUUGUCGUCUAUUAACCGUGAUCUAUCUUUAUGAUAAUAUAAUAAAUAAAAUUGAAAAUUUUAAUUUUGCUGAAAAUUUAACACAUCUUUAUUUACAAAAUAAUCGUAUACAAAAAUUAGAAAAUCUUGAUUGUUGUUCAAAAUUACAAAAAUUAUAUAUUGGUGGCAAUCAAAUACAAGUACUUGAAGGUCUUGAUAAAUGUAUUUAUUUAACAGAAAUCUAUGCUGAAAAUCAACGUUUACCUGAAGGUGAAAAACUUGUUUUUGAACCACGAACUUUACAAUGUUUAUCAAAUGUUCUUGAAAUUCUAAAUGUUAGUGGCAAUAAUUUAGAUUCUUUAGUUGAAUUAAGUUGUCUCGAAAGAUUGCAAGAGUUAACUGCAAAUAAUAAUAAUCUUGAAAAUCUUCGUGAACUUGUACAACUUUUAAGUGUAUGGUCACGUUUAAAACGACUUGAUACAAGUCGAAAUCCAAUAUGUUCAAAAUCACGUUAUCGUGAACGAUUAAUUGUUGUUUCAACAACAUUAGAAAUGCUUGAUGGAAAACAAAUAACAGAUAAUUCUCGACAAUUUUUAAUGAGCUGGAAAGCAACACGUGAAGCACAACACAUGAAAGAAAAAUCUAAACCUAAUUUACUUUAUAAUGGAAAUGAUGUUUUAGGUAAUGGUGAUUAUCGUCGUAACAUAUUCAAAGCUGAUGUUGGUCUAAUUAGAAAAAGUCAAUAUCCAGAGAGACUUGUAGAAAAUGCUCAACGAACAACGACAGUAACAAAAGAUAAACAUUCAAGUUUUCUUGCUUCAAAUAAAUUCACUAAUACUGGACUAACAAAUUCAAAUAAUAAUCAUACAAUGAGUUUCCAUGAUCCAACACAACAAGCAUUUCUUAAAUGA